AUGGAAAAUAAUAAUAGUUAUCCUCCUUAUUUUAACCUCACCAUGUUUAUGAACUUAGGCAGUUACCGCUACCCAGCCUUUGCCCUGUGUUUCCUGUUGUAUGCUUCUAUGGUCUCAGCUAAUCUUGUCAUAAUAUUUGUAAUAGUGAGGCAGAAAAAUUUGCACGAGCCCAUGUAUAUUUUUGUUAUGUGCCUCUCGAUUAACUCUUUUUACGGCUCUACUGGCUUCUUCAUCAGAUUUCUCCGAGACCUUGUGUUUGAUACUCAUCUGAUCUCAAGGUGGGCGUGUUUUACUCAGAUCUAUGUCAUUUACACCUAUGCAUCCUAUGAGCUCACCAUUUUAGGCGUCAUGGCUUAUGAUCGGUAUGUUGCUGUGUGUCAACCUUUACAUUACCACAACAAAAUGACCUUGAAGAUGGUAUCAAAGCUGAUAGCCUUAGCGUGGAUCUGUCCAGUCCUCAUUGUGUUUGCCUGCCUUUAUCUUGCCUCCAGACUUCCUCUGUGUGGAAAUAAGAUACCAAAAGUAUUCUGUGCAAACUGGCCUGUUGUAAAACUGUCAUGUGUGUCUACUGCCCUCAAUAAUGUCAUGGGUAUGCUUGCGACCAUAAGCACUGUCUUUCUGCCCUUGGCUUUUGUGCUGUAUACAUAUGUACGGAUUUUUCUGGUGUGUCGAAAACGCUCUUCUGAGUUUAAGAGCAAAGUCAUACAAAGCUGUCUGCCACACAUUGUUACUUUCGUCAAUUACUCCAUCACUUUCUUUUGUGACAUUGCCCUCAGCAGGAUUAAUGUUGAGGAGCUGAAUCCAUUUCUGGGUGUAAUUCUGUCACUGGAGUUUGUUGUGAUUCCUCCCAUUCUCAACCCUCUUGUGUACGGUCUGAAGUUACCUGAAAUUAGAAAACAAAUCUUAAGAAUGUUGUCAUGCUGCUGCAUGUGUGCUCACACAGUAAACGUCAGAAAUAAGAGAAACACAGUCUCCCCGUCCUGA